AUGUCGUACAUAGAAGCGAUUAACAAGUAUGUUGACAAUGGUGUUGCAGAAGAAGUACUUUGUGAUGAAAUAACACCGACAGAUGGGCGUCCUGUGUUCUAUCUGCCUCAUCAUGCAGUCAUCAGAAAAGACAAGCAGACAACCAAGAGAAGAGUUGUGUUUGAUGCGUCAGCGAAAGAUAGCUGUGUGAGGUCAAAAUUGAUUCUGCAAAGUUUGUGGACCCAAGGUGUUGGAUGGGAUGAAGAAGUUCCCGUGGAAGUCUCAUUGAAACGGAAUCAGUGGGUUCAAGAGCUUUCAGAACUUGAACACCUUCCCAUUCCAAGAUGUUACACUGAUUUGCCAUUAAGACCGCAGAACCGAGCCGAUCUACCUACCCGAGGCUUAUCUGCAAGUCAGCUAGGAGAGAGUCAUUUGUGGUGGAAAGGACCCUUUUGGUUGCAAGAGUCCGAGAAAGAUUGGCACGAGGAUCUAAGGUCAAAACCUUCCGAUGAAAUUGUUGAUCAAGAGAGGAAGAGUAAAGCUAGUGUCAGUUGUAUUGUUGAACCCAAAGAGCCAUUUAUUGAUUUCACAAGGUUCAGCAAGUAUAGUCGCUUGCUACGAACUGUUGCUUGGAUCAAAAGAUUUGUUACCAACUCAAGGGUGAAAGAAGACGAAAGAAUUGACAGCAUCUUAACCAGUUCAGAGAUACAGAAUGCAGAAAGAUGGUUGAUAUCUCAUGUACAAAAAGCAAGUUUUCCUGAAGAAAUUACGUCAAGUAAACAGCAUGGUCCAGAGAAAGACGGCAACCUGGCCAAUUUGAACCCGUUCAUGUAUACUACUAGUGGUUUUCUUCGUGUUCGAGGAAGAAUUCACAAGUCACUGUUACCAGAAGAGGAGAAGCAUCCUAUUAUCUUGCCUUCUAAUCAUCCUGUUGUUAAGUUGCUGAUUGAUGAUGUUCACCGUCGUGAACUACAUGCUGGAGUUGAACACACUUUCUCAGUUUUGCGACAGAAAUUUCGGUUGAUCAAAGGACGAUUAACUGUCCGUCAGACACUAAGGAACUGUCUACUUUGUCGCCAUUACCUUACAAAGCCCUUUGGUCAGCGGAUGGCACCACUUCCUGAAGACAGAAUUAAGCCUGCGCCGCCGUUCACUAAUGUGGGUCUAGACUUUGCCGGUCUUUUGUAUUUGAAAGACAGUGGUGAUAAAGUCUACAUCUGUUUAUUUACAUGUGCAGUUACCCGUGCGGUACAUUUAGAGUUGGUGUGUGAUAUGACGGCUGAGCGCUUUCUCCUUGCUUUGAGACGCAUGAUUGCAAGAAGAGGAAUGUGCAGCAUUAUUUGGUCAGAUAAUGCAAAAAAUUUCAAGGCUGCUCACAAGGAGCUACGGCAAUGUUGGAGAGUAUUGCAAUCAGACCAAACACAGAGUGUUUUGUCUCAAAAGAAGAUUCAGUGGAAGUUCAUUGUGGAGAAGGCCCCGUGGUGGGGUGGGUUUUAUGAGCGAGUUAUAAAGAGCGUCAAGACGCCAUUGAAGAAACUAUUUGCCAAAGCAAUGUUGGACACCGAGCAGUUAACUACUAUUUUGGCUGAAAUUAAAGCACAGCUAAACAGUCGUCCUCUUACUUACCUUGGUGCAGACCCUGAUGGCUACAGUGUGAUUACCCCUGCACAUAUUCUGAUUGGCAGAAAUCUUCAAGUAUGUCCAACUAAAGACACUCGUGUUUCAGAACAGACGUCAAGAGCCCUCACCAAACGUUUUUAG